UUGUGAGAGAGACACAUGAGGAUAGUACCAAGAGAGCAUAAACUCCCUCUUUAACUAUCAUUCUCUCACAGCAUAGCUAAACUCUCUUUCACUUUCACUUUCCACACAGCUUUUCUCUCUGCUCCCCCUUCCAUGUUUGUCCAAACCCUAGAUCUGUCCCCCUCUUAGGUAGUAGAACUUUUUCUAGCUUGAAGUAGCAAGGAGAGGGAUAAAGUUGAGAUUUUUCUUGGUUGUUGUUACAGAGGUAGGAAGUGGGGUGGGGUGGGGUGGGUGGAAAUGAGUGGUACUUCGACAUCGGUGUCGGGGGGUGGCAUAGGGGUGGGUAUGGGGUAUGGGUACGGUUACCGGCCGCCGUUCACGGCGGUGCAGUGGCAGGAGCUGGAACACCAAGCUAUGAUUUACAAGUAUCUGGUCGCGGGUGUCCCAGUGCCCUCAGACUUGGUUGUCCCCAUUCGUCGAAGCUUCGAAGCUUUGUCUUCUCGUCUCUUCCAUCAUCCCAGCUUGGGUUACUGUUCCUAUUAUGGGAAGAAAUUUGAUCCUGAGCCAGGAAGGUGCAGAAGGACAGAUGGAAAGAAAUGGAGGUGCUCAAAGGAUGCAUAUCCGGACUCCAAAUACUGUGAGCGGCACAUGCACAGAGGCCGCAACCGUUCAAGAAAGCCUGUGGAAUCUCAAUCUACUGCUUCCCAGCCAUUGUCGACUGCUACGUCACAUAUCACUUCUGGGAGCAGUAAUAGUACGAGUGGAAGUUUUCAAAGUACUGACCGGAGCUUCCAUAACAUAUCCCCAUAUCCCAUUGCCAACUCCGAAGGUUUGUGCUAUGGAAGCCCUGCAACUAAGUUGCAGAUGGAUUGUGCUGCAUAUGGAAGAGAGAGCAAGGAAUUCUGGUAUAACACUGGAAUGAAUCCCAAUGCAAACGAACACAAUCUGUCAAGGGAAACAUCUGCAGGGAGUCUGGGGAUGGGGUCUGGAGUUGAUAAUAAUGCAUGGCACUCAGUGCCAUUCCAAGUAUCAUCCUCUAGUCCCAUGUUGAAACUGAAAAAUGAUUCUCUGCUGUUGGGUAGUUCGUCACCUCAAAUGCAUCUGUCUGGUGCUUAUGAGCCUCUGAUUGAUUCUCCCAGGGGGACAUUAAAGCAGGAGCAGCAGUCUGUCCGCCCUUUCUUCAGUGAAUGGCCUGCAACCAAGGAAUCAUGGUCCAAUCUUGACAGUGAUGGGUCAAACACAACGCAGCUCUCCAUGUCCAUUCCGAUGACCACCCGUGAUUUUUCUUCACGAAAUGCCAGUUCCUGAAUUAUGCUAGAUGUGAAGGAGUCAUCAACCAGUUGCAUUUUAUGUACGGUUGAAUUACCACGAUCCAACAGCAAAACUUUAAGCAUGUCUAAGAAAUAAUAAUGCAGAGAGGCUACGACCUUACUUGAACAGGAUCUGUUCUAUAGGAUCGUACCUCUGAAUCCUUGAUUUAUCAAUAAUGCAGAGAGGCUUCUUCAUGUUUGUUACCCUAGAAUAAAUGAAUAUGUCCCCCAACUAGCUCUGCACACUUUGGUUUAAGAUUCUCAGUUAUUGUACUAUGCUCAAUUGAGAGGUAGUUGUUGUACUUUGUAGAAGUAAUAAUGUGUAGCAUGUACUAUCUAGCAUUAUGGGAAUUUAUGGCCCCAUUCUGAGAUUUUUACAAGUCAAACAGUAAUAAAUUUGGCAGCUACAGUCAACAA